AUGAGCGUGUCAUCUCUUGGGAGCAGUCGCGCGCCGAGUGUAUACGGAGGUGCGGGGGAAUACGGCACCCGUAUCUCUCAAUCCUCUUUCUCUAUGGACGGGCCAGGCCAGAUCACUAUCAGCGCCAACGAGAAGCAUACCAUGCAGAAUCUGAACGACCGUUUGGCCACCUACCUGGAAAAGGUAAGGAAGAGUGACGGGGAUUUGGAGCUGCAGAUCAAAGAGUUCUACGAGAUGAGAUCACCGACUCACAAGAAGGACCUCAGUGGGUUCUAUGCCACCAUCGCAGACAUCCGCAACAAGUUUCAUGCCAGGUCUGUGGAGAACUCUCAGAUGAUCCUGCGGGUGGAUAAUGCCAGACUUGCAGCUGAUGACUUCAAGAUGAAGUUAGAGAAGGAGGCUAACAUGCGUAUGACAACGGAAGGGGAUGUGGCUCGUCUGAGAGGAGUCCUAGACAGCUUUACACAUGCCAGAGGAGACCUUGAGAUGCAGAUUGAGGGGCUGAAGGAGGAGCUGGUCUACCUCAGGAAGAACCAUGAGGAGGAGAUGCAUUUGAUGCGGACACAGCAGUGUGGUGCUGUAAAUGUGGAGAUGGACUGUUCUUCCUCAUUGGACAUGAGCAAGGUGCUGGAGGAGAUGAGGACCCAGUAUGAGGGCAUGGUGGCGAAGAACCAGAGAGAUGCUGCCGAGUGGUUCGAGAGCAAGGUGGAGGUGUAUCAGAAACAGAUCACCACCAGCACCACAGAGGUGAAGACCUCUCAGUCUCAGGUGACCGACCUGAAGAGGACCUUCCAGAGCCUGGAGAUUUAACUGCAUUACCUGUUCACUCAGAAGGGGUACCUGGAGCAGAGCGUCACUGAUAUAAAUGGUCGCUAUGGCUCCCAGCUGAGCCAGCUGCAGGUUCAUAUCAACAACAUGGGGGAAGAGCUGCAGCAGCUCAACGUCAGCAUCCAGCAGCAGGCCUCCGAGUACCAGAUCCUCCUGGACAUCAAGAUGAGGCUGGAGAUGGAGAUCGCUGUGUACCGGAGGCUGCUGGAUGGAGAGGGACUCACUCUUUCCACAGAGUACAACCCACACAUGCAGAAGCGUGUGAGGGUGAUCGUGCAGGAGAUGGUGGAUGGGAAGGUGGUGUCCACCUCAGUUGAUGAGAAGGUCCAGGAUAUGAACUAA